AUGUCUGAUCUUAUGCUGUUGGCUGUGGCUGCAGCGCGUCGAUAUCAGUGUGGCGAGUGCUGCAGCUCUCCCCGCCAGCCGCCGCCCCCGCUGCCACCCCAGCGGCUCCGGCAGCUGGGCCGGAAGGGCCGGCUGUACCCGGCGUACAGCCUGAGCGGCUCGGAAGGCGAGCCGGGCGCGGCGUCGGUGGCGGCGCCGGACUACCGCUCGCUGCGGCACCCCGCCCACCACCACCGCGAGCGCGACCGCGACCGCGACCUCCACCACCACCAGCUGUACGGGCACGCCGUCCAGCCGCAGUACCAGCACCAGCUGCAGCACCUGCACCACCAGCAGCAGCAACAGCAGCAGUACGCGCAGAUACAGGCCGGCGGCGGCGCGGCGGCCGGUGGCGGCGGGGGCGGUGGGGGCGGCGGACUCUCGGACACGCCCACCUCCGAGAAUGCGUCCGACGCUACGCUGACCGACUCCGAGCUCGCCCUCGCGCGCGACUCCACGCUUCUCGUCCACAACGGUAAGUGCCUUAGAUACCGAGUGAUCAUAUACUUCUCACAACAGAUACAGUAAGUAUACAUAAAACUUUAUUUUGCUGCAGUCAUUUCGAAAGUAAUAAAAGACCAAUAACGUACUGAAUGC